CGCAGGCGACGCCUGACGAACGGAACGAAACCACCAACGGCCGUCCGCGAGUGACCAUAUUUUAUCUUGACCGGCGGCAUACGUUGUCUGCGGUUGUAAACGGUAAUCGCACUUUGUUGCUCGUCGUGCUCGCUAUGAUUAAACAGUAACGACUAACGUGUAACUUGUAACGCCUCGCACCUGCGGCCGUUUUUCUACCUAUUUGGCGCAAAUGAAAAAUUAAUCUGAAUAAACGAACGCGGGCGGCGGGUAUGUUAUCUUGUAUACUAUUAAUACAUAUAGGUAGUACGACACCUACAUUUUGCUGUGCGAAAUCGACCUACCUAUCUAUUGCUGUUGGUAUGUAUGGGCGUUUUUUUAAUCUGUGCUGAACAGGAAGUUGGAACGAGGCGAUAUCUAUAUCAAUCAACUCGUGAAGAUCUUUGCAUUUGGCAUAUUUUGAAUUACUAAUCAUCUACAGCUGGGUAAAAUGGCUGAAGAUUAUCAAACAAUAUCUGCAACAAACGAGGCAUUACUACUUACAAAUAUGAAAACUAUUAUUUCAUUUAUUGAAGAAAAUUCAGUGAUGGAAAUGCUAUUUGCUGGAGAAGUCCGCUCGAGUAUUACUGGCUGUAGUUUGACCACAACUGUAGGUGUUGAAGAUUCUACAUCGGCUAACUUUUUAGACUAUUCUCAAUUAGAACUAUUCUCUGAACGUGAACCUGAAUUUUUAUUAUCAUUUCUUAUAAAUAAUGAUAAUUUCCUGUAUACUUUAAACAACUGUGUAGAUAUUAAUGUUCUUAUUCUAUUAAUGAAUAUAUUUGCCAAGAUCAAAACAUUACCAUCCAGAAGCUCGUCAGAUACAGAUCUAUUUACCAUGAUAGAAUAUUCGAAAUACUUACGGAAUGUGAAAGCUUUAAUGGUUAUUCGAAACGCAAUCGGAUUAUUAAGCUACGAUCAAUUGCAAGAAUUUUGUUUUAGUUGCAUGUCAGUACAUGAAUUUAUAACCAGUUGGGAAUCUAAAAUCAUUUUAUAUAAUAUUGUCAAAAGAACUUUUCUUAUAAUGAAAACUUUGUAUGUUGAUAUGAACCCAAAUGACCAGGUUGAUGCAGAAUUAAUGAUCGAAAGAUUGAAAGAGAUAAAAAUUAAUGCGCAGGUGCUGUAUGAUGUAAAAAGAUGGCCACAAUGCUACAAAAACCUUUCCAUCUAUCCAUUAUCUAAAGAUUUGAUUUCUAGAACUGUAAAAUUGAGCCCUAAUAUUAUGAAUGGCAGUUACGAUAAUGUCGAACACUAUUUAGAUGUACAGUUACGUUUAAUUCGUGAAGAUUUUGUGGCGCCUAUGAGAGAAGGUAUUCAGUUCUACAAAUCAAUGAAAGAAGCUGGCAUGGAAUUUGAACGUAUUCCAAACAUGCAUACAUAUUUUAAAGCCAAAAUUGAAAGAAAAACUAUUAUUGAUGAUAGGCUGGCAUAUGAAGUUAGUUUUUAUUCUACAGAAGACUACUCAAAUAAUAAUUCUAAGCGAUUCAUGAAAGAAUCACUUUUAGUACUUACUGAUGACAACUUUCGUACUACGUUUUUUGCCACCGUUGUUAAAAUAUUUCGUCAAAAUACGAAAAAAACUAAAACGUUAAUAUGCACACCCUUAAAUACUGAUAUUAGAAUAGAACAAAAUUCAUUAUACACUAUGGCUGAAUCUGAUACUUACUUUUUACCGUACAAAUAUACAAUGAAAGUUUUAAAACAGUUUGAUGUGAAUAGAUUUCCAAUGCCAUCAUAUAUUGUUUAUGGCAAAACUAAUCCAAGUAUCCCUUGUUAUUUAAACUGGCCAGAUGCAAAAAUGUUUAAAAUAAAUGAUAAAAUAUUUGAUGUUUUAAGUGAUGACCAAUGGCCAGAUGAAAAGUCCUUAGAUCUGGAUAGUGCACAACGCUUAGCAUUUAAAGCGGCUCUUACUGAAGAAUUCGUAGUUAUACAAGGACCUCCAGGCACUGGUAAAACAUACAUUGGUAUAAAAAUAGUCAAAAGCAUUAUAGAAAAUAUGUAUGAAACAAAUAUACUAAAACAACCGAUUUUAGUUGUCUGUUAUACAAAUCAUGCUUUAGAUCAAUUUCUCGAAGGUUUAUUAACCAUUACAAACAAAAUUAUAAGAAUUGGCGGUGGUUCACAAUCAGAUAUUUUAAAGCCGUACAACUUAAAAAAUAUUAAAAACAAAAACGAAGAAACUUUAAGAAACGCGUUUGUGGUUGGAUUAACCACUACGGGAGCGUCAAUGCGGCAUUCUCAGUUAAUGAAAUUUAAACCUCCGAUUGUUAUUGUCGAAGAAGCAGCGGAGGUGUUAGAAUCGCAUGUUGUUGCUUCUCUGACAGACAAUUGCAAACACGUUGUUUUAAUUGGUGAUCAUAAACAACUACGACCACGGACGGCAACUCAAAAGCUCGUAAAACAAUUCAAUUUUGAUGUUUCACUGUUUGAACGUUUAGUAAAAAACGGAUUCCCUUGUCAUACUUUAGAAACACAGCACAGGAUGCGACCAGAAAUUUCAUCGUUAAUGCUGCCUAUUUAUCCUUUUUUAAAAGAUCACGAGUCGGUAAAUAACAGAGAUGAUAUCCGCGGUGUUACCAAAAAUGUAUAUUUCAUUCAUCACGAAGUACAAGAAGAAAAAGUAUUGGGAUCUUCAAGUUAUAAAAAUAUGCACGAAGUACGCUUUAUUAUGGAAUUUGUAAGAUAUUUAUUGCGUCAAGGAUAUCGACAAGAUCAAAUUACAGUUUUGGUUACCUACAAAGAUCAGUUAUUGGAAUUUGAAAAGAUUCGAGAAACUACCUGGAGCUUGGACGAUUUUCGAAUCGAUUGUGUUGAUGGCUAUCAAGGCGAAGAAAGUGAUAUAGUUUUAUUGUCGCUAGUGCGUAGCAAUAUAGACAACAAUAUAGGUUUCUUAAAUAUUCAAAACCGUGUUUGUGUUGCAUUAUCAAGAGCCAAAAACGGUUUAUAUAUCAUGGGAAACAUGGAUAAUCUCAUCCAUUCAGCCAUCUGGAAAAAGAUUAGCCACACUCUUGUCAAUCAACAAUCACUUGGUAACAAGUUAUCUUUAUGUUGCGAAAUUCACAAAGAUUGGGUUAAAACAAUAAGUAGGAGUUCUGAUUUUGCCCGAGCUCAAUGUUCGAAAGUUUGUAAUACGCUAUUGGAUUGUGGUCAUAUAUGUAAACAGUUUUGUCAUUUUUGCGAUCUAUCACAUGAACAUCUUUAUCGAUGCAGAGAAGAAUUUACCAAGGUACUGUCGUGUGGGUUACAACUAAAGAUUGAAUGCUGGAUGCAAUUUUUGACGUUUACGUGUCCUCAACAAGAUAUAAAAAAAAUGGACCCUCUUCCUCCUAGUUCAACGAGAACGUUUUUUUAACGAUAUCACUAAUGUUUUUAGACCCAUUACUAUUCACUUUUACGGAAUAUUAAAAUAAUUUCUUUAAGACUUCCCUAUUUGGUUUAAAGUGUCAAUUAUAAUGUUUAAUCAGAAAAUUACUAUAUUAUACUAGGUAGUCAAAUUAAUUUAUUCACAAUGUAAUUGUUGUUUAAUACUGUAUUUUUUAUUAGUUCCUACUAGAAAAUUAAAUUAAAUUAUUAUAUUGUAUGAU